UGGCAACAUUAAAUAACGAUGUUCUUUCGCGGGGUUCGUGAGAGAUGACGCGCCGGUGAAUUCUAAUAUAAAUUUGACGUAAUUCUUCAUAGCAAACAUCUAAAAUAAGACUUCACGAUGGCCGAUCAAGUCGAGUCAAUGUCAGACGCCGAGUUACGAACAAAAUUGGCAGAGCAUGGAUUUCCAGUUAUGCCGAUUACGGCUUCCACGCGGAAACUUCUCGUGAAGAAACUGAAGAUGGUCUUGGAUAACAAAGGUAGACCUCUAGCAAGUGACAACAAGGCGGAGAAUAGGCGGUCUUUGGCGCGGUACUCUAGCGGUGAGGAGUCUGACUUAGACAACGUGAAUAAGAUCAAAGACAAACGCGGGCGUCGAGCGACAACUGGUGGUAGCAUGUUGCCACCGUCUGUCAGCAAAACGAGAAGAACGCCUUCCAAGAAAAGCUCACCAGCCAGGCGUGAUUCGGAUAAGGGCUCUGAAUCUGAGGACGAGAAGUCUGUGAUACGACACGAGGAGGUUGAAACGAUAACCAAGCGGCAAGUGACACGCACCUUUGUCGGUAAUGACCAGGAUGACUAUGAAACUGGCUCUGAUAGUGAUGUUGAUGUUGACAAAAAAACAUCUACACCAUUCCGCAGCAACUCACGGUCCAGUGAUUACAUAUCAAGUACUUUACCAACUAAUGAUGCCUCGACAAGUCCAAAGUCACCUUUGUUUUCUCGCCCUUCUCUGCCAAGCACCAACUACACCUCACCUAUGUCAUCUUCAGAUCAUUUGAAUUCCAUAAGAUCAAGACUGGGUCUCACAUCUACACUCGGUGAUAGACCAUCUAUUGGAAACUAUACCUCUCGAUUUUCUAGCAGUACUUAUAAACCUGUCACAAGUACAUACCAGCCUUCAACGUCUACUGUUGAUGAGGUGGAAUCUCCAUAUUUAAGUAACUUCACCCGCCGUCUGUCUUCGCUAAAGGCUGAGCCACCGAAACAAUCGCCUUUUCUUGACCGAGACACAACCAAUGGAAGCACAAUGAUACCUCGUCGGUCUUAUAUAACUGGAAUGGCCAGAUCUGAUAUAGUCGAUUAUAAAAUGGUAAAUGAAAAGAAAUUUUUGAAAAAUAACCUCGUAUCCCUGGCUCUGGUUGGUCUUGUGGCUCUUUUUUUUUUUUGCUUAUUUUUUAUGUACAUGGUAAAAAAGAAUGACAUAACAUCCGUUGUGGAUGAUCAGAACAGUGUUAUACCUAUUUGUCAUUUGAAUAUACCUGGUAACAGGCCUGGUAUCAAUUGUGUGCCUAAGGAACAAGUCAGCUAUGCUAAAGACCUUUUGAAGGUAAUUCAUCCAGAGUUGACAACACGAAUAGCAUCAUACAAAUGUGGUCAGCCAGGAGCUAUGCCUUAUUUGACUGAGCGAGAAAUUUUGGAUAUUGCCAGGUCUAAAGCAGACUCGACUGAUGUAAGCCAGUGUCGCACAGAUCUGAAUAACUUGCAGGUGCUGCUAAUUAACAAUCCCAGGUGGGGUCUUAAUGUUGUACAACUAAAAAAUCUUUAUACAAAAGAUGCAGAUUUCUCUCCAAUAUCCAACACUGAUUUGAUUGUACAGCAAAGAACUAAAGGUAGCGUUGCAAUCACAUUAACUGAUCCAUCCACACCGCUCACUUGUUUAUUGGUGAACACAAUUUAUUCAGCUGGAUCGACCAUCAUUAUUGUAGCUUUCAUCACAUUAUUAGCUGUUGCUGCUCAAGCCUUUUACAAAUUUUAUUUGAACUAUAGAAAACGUAAAAAUGAUGAAAUCUAUUCACUUGUUGGACAGAUUAUUGAUGUAAUUUCUCAGGAAACUGUAGAUAGUGGUGAACCUUAUAUAUCUGUAGAUCAUGUUCGAGAUACACUGAUAUCACCGGAGAACAGGGAAAAACUAGCAUCUGUUUGGGAUGCUGCUGUCAAAUUCAUACAAAGAAAUGAAAGCAGAGUGAGAAUGGAGGUUCAAUCUGUUGAUGGAGAAGACUCCAGGGUUUGGAGAUGGAUAUCAAGUAACAGUCCUAAAAGGAGUGCAGCAUGGCAAGGACAAGCAUUUGAAACUCAAGAAGGCUCUGUUAAUAACCUAACUGUAUCACCAACUCCAUGCCUUAAAAUACGCCACAUGUUUGAUAAAAAUGAUGCAAACCCAAAUCUAAGGACAAUCAUUCAGGAUGUAAUUCUCGAGAAAUGUGGUGACAGAUGCAACAUCUUACAUAUUGAGAUAGAGAGGAGCUCGUGCUGUGUAUAUGUGAAAUGUGCGAAUCCGUCAGACGCGGGCGUCGUGUACCGCAGCCUUCACGGUUGGUGGUACGAGGGUAGACUUAUCACUGUUAAAUACUUGCGUUUAGAGCGCUACAUGCAGAGGUUCCCAAAUUCUCCAUCUAUCGGACCAUAUUUGAAAAUGUCCCGUCCUCAACGCUCAUGGGAUGAGUAAAGUAAUAUGAUGAACUUAUUUGAAUAGAAUUUUUGUCAUAAUGGGGCGAGUUUACAAUUUAAGACUUAAAGAAUUAAUAAUUUUAUUUAUUCUGGUCAUAACAAUAUUUAUACUCACCUUGAUUCCCUGCUUUGAACAAAAUUGAUUUUUGAAGGGUUUUUAUAAUAUAAUAAUUUAUUUCAUAAAGCAAACCUGAUUUGUUAUAAUAUUUUUUUCUAAGUAUAUUUUUAAAACUAGAUGUAAAAAUAGUGUUUGAAAAUGCCAGAAGUUUAAAUUAAAUCAGCCGAGCACUAAAAUGGUAUUACUGAAAAUACAACUUUUAAAAAGACUUCUUUUAAUUUGAUUUUUAAGUACUAUCUACCUAGUAAUAGCUAACAUUCAAGAACGUUUCAAAUCUAAAAAUUUGGUCAGAUAUGUUUGGCAAAAUUGAUCUGAAAUAUAGAAAAAUAAUAUAGGGCUCAGCGUAAAACUGAAUGAUGCAAACAUUUGCUCAUGAACUGUAAAUAUGUCACGGGUUCUAAUUGAAUAACCUGUUUUAGUUUUAAUACCUAUGAUUUGUUAUUCAAUUUACUAAUGUUUUGUUUAAUGUGUAGUUUUAGAUAGUUUUAAGCUUUAGUAAAUAAAGAAAAUCAGUCGUGAAGGCACAAUGUUAUAAGGUCUACUAUUGUCUGGAAUGUUCUGAGAACUGUUCAUUCAAGUAAGCUCUUAUAAAUGUUUUUUUUUUAAUUAAAUAAAGCCUACCAGUCAAUAUAAACACAAGCUUUUAACACAAUAUGCACAGCUCAUAAAGGACAAGAUUUGAUUACUUUGAAAAAUGUAAUUCAACAAUUGACUUAUGUUUUCACCUUGACUGCAUAACAGUUUAAAAUCUACUAUAUUUUGUGUAGUUAAAAUUUAACAUUCACUUAUUCGGUAAAUUGACAUGUAUUUUCUACUAACGUUUGUCUUAGAGUUAAUUUUUAUGGAAUGAUUUUCAUUUUUUUAAAUAAAUU